UUUAUAAGAGAAACUGUAAAAGCUGUUGGCUUUAAAAAGCCUUUAAAGGAAGAGCAAGUUUUGUGUUUGUCUUACAUUUUAGAAGGUAAAGACAUAUUGGCGAUUCUUCCCACUGGUUAUGGGAAAAGCUUAAUUUUUCAAUUAGCUCCUCAAGUAAUUAUGCGGAGCAGGAACAUUCCGGCCUCCAAAAGUGUAGGUUUAAUAAUUACACCAUUGAACAGUAUAAUGCUCAAUCAAAUACAGGCCUUACAUUCAAUGGGAAUAUCAGCAUGUUCCUUGGACUACUCUUGUAGUAAGGCCCAGACAUUUCAAUACGACAGGGACAGUGAUGAGAGCGGGGAUGAUGCUGACUACUGUGACAGUCAAAUCUUGACAACUGCCCCUAUUUCAGAUAUACUGGAAGGGAAGUAUUCCCUUAUCUAUGCACACCCCGAGGCACUGCUUAGCUGUGCUCAAGGCGAAAGACUGCUAAAGCAACUUCAGAAAAGUGAAAUGCUUGUUUGCAUUGCAAUUGAUGAGGCUCACAUCAUACUAGAAUGGGGAGCUGAAUUCCGAAAGGAUUUUUCCAGGAUAGGAGAAAAUUUGUUGUCAAGAUUUCCAGACAUUCCUGUUAUGGUGUUCACUGCCACGGCUCCUCCAAAGGCUCAACAGCUAAUUAUAAGGAAUCUUAAUCUCCGAAAUCCCCAAAUUAUUUCCAUUAACCCUGACAGGCCAAACAUAAAAUACAGCAAUAUUAUGCGACCACCAUCUAGCCAAACUGAGGAGCAUUUAGAAGAGAUUUUAAUACCAAUUGUGGAGGGGCUUGCCACUGAGAAGCAAAACUACCCGUUAACUAUUAUGUAUACAGAUACAAGUGUUAUAAGCUACUGUUAUACAUAUCUAGAAAAGAAUUUGGGCAACAGACAGUACAUUGGUGACUCUAUUCCUGAAAACAGAAUCUUUGCACAAUACCACCAAACCUAUACCGACAAAAUGAAAUCUUUCAUUGUGCAGGAAAUAUGCAAAUCUAAUAGCAGAAUUCGAUUUGUGAUGUGCACUGUAGCACUAGGAAUGGGACUGAAUGCCUUGCAUGUCAGACAUGUUAUUCACUACAAGCCUCCAACAACAAUUGAAAGAUAUUUCCAAGAGACUGGCAGAGCAGGACGGGAUGGAGAACCCAGCUAUGCUACCCUUUACUACAACAACACUGACAUCAGAUCAAACCGACCAGGGAUUGACAAAGCAAUAGUAAAAUAUUGCAAAAACACAUCUUCUUGCAAGAGAGCUGUGAUGCUAGAGUGUUUUGGUUUUCAACCUAUUCAGGAAAAUCAAAAUUGUUGUGACUUUUGUGAUUCAAAUCAUGGCCAGGAAGCUUCAAGUGACUGAAGUUGAAGUGAAACAUAUAUCCUCUAAGAAUCAUACCUCAAGU